AUGGCAGAAACUGCCCCAAUCGCCGCCACUGUUCCUCCAUCAGAGGGCGCAGCCAAAAAGAAGAGGCAAAAGAGAGCGCUGUCUUAUUUUUUUGGUAAAAAGAAGAGGCAGCCGAAGAAAGCUGCUGGAGGAGCAAGGAAGAGCGGCAAGUCUUCCGGGCCCAGCGUCUCCGAGCUGAUCGUAAAAGCCGUGGCCGCCUCUAAAGAGCGCAGCGGGGUUUCUCUUGCCGCCCUGAAGAAAGCUCUGGCUGCCGGCGGCUACGAUGUGGAGAGGAACAACAGCCACAUCAAAGUGGGGGUGAAAGGAUUCGUGACCAAAGGAACUCUCACCCAGGUGAAAGGCACCGGCGCUUCCGGCUCCUUCAAGCUCAAUAAGAAGCAAGUGGAAAGCAAGAAGGCCGCCCAGAAGUCCCUGAAGCCCAAGAAACCAGCGGCAAAGAAAGCGGCCAAAUCCCCGAAGAAGCCCAAGAAAGCUCCGAGUGCAGCCAAGAGCCCCAAGAAGGUGAAGAAACCCGCAAAACCGGCUGCUGCCAAAAGCCCAAAGAAGCCUAAAACUGUGAAGCCUAAGAAGGCGGCCAAGAAGGCGGCGAAGUCCAAAGCUGCCAAGAGUCCGGCCAAGAAGGCAGCGAAGCGCAAAGCGGCAAAAAGCCCGACCAAGAGGGCAGCUAAGCCCAAGAAAGCUGCGGCCAAGAAGUGA